UAUUGGAUGUUCCUAGUGCCCUGGGCUAUGGGAAUAGAGCGGCGUGAGCGCACUCACAGGCUCUUGGGGAGGAGAGGAUUGCUCUAAACCCAGGGAACAAACCCCCAGACCCCGGGGAUAUCGGAGGAUGGGACCCCCAGGACCCGCUUACGCUUACUGCUGCGCCUUGGGAGUCUUGUACGUUGCAACUGUAGGCAACCUCACAGCGGCUUCAUCAGAGUUUUCAGGUUAUAUUUCCAGAAUUUUGAGGAAUUAUACAGUACGUGCUUGUGAUGGAGAGUAUGCGUCGCUGAAAUGUCCGCACAGAACCACGAUCAGUAUUCAGUCGUCGUUUUACGGACGGAAUGUACCCAGCCAUCAGAUGUGCCCAACGCGGAAUUUCCAAUCAUUCGCCGCGUUUCUCAGAGAAGAUGUGUCCUGCUCUACUGCCGCAUCACUUCAGAAGAUGUUGGAUGAAUGCCAGGAUCGCAGAAUUUGCCAAAUUCUUGUCAAUAGCCGUUUGUUCGGAUCAGACCCAUGUCCUGAAACCAGCAAGUACCUCGUUGUAUCGUACAAAUGCAGACCGAAUGAAUAUAAGAGCAAAGUGGCCUGCGAAGAUGACCGGCUAAGGUUGAGCUGCAAGAGGAACACCGUAAUUGCUAUUUAUUCGGUGAUUUUCGGCAGGGUCCAGGGGGACGGCCUGGAGUGUCCGUACCCAAAUGCCGGCGUUCCUACGAUAGAGUGCCAGUCUGUGGCAGCCCUUCCACUGAUGACCAAACGUUGUCAAGGCAGGAGAAGCUGUAUUGUCUAUGCCAGCAUCAAUGAGUUUGGGGAUCCGUGUUACCCUGGGGUCCGCAAACAUCUCAAUGUCAUAUACACGUGUGUUCCAAAGAAACUGCUUUCUGAAACUCAGCCAAAAUCAGCAAACUACCCCGGAACGCUGCAGACUCACUUCCCGCGGCAGUCAGGGGCUUUUGACCGCAAUGUUAUUGGAGAUGGAGCAUUCUUCCCCGAUCCCGCGUUUAUAAGCGAGCGCACACUGCAAGAGAAGAAGAAAGGGAGAGCUGCUGCCUAUUACCCAGCGGAUAAUAACCUUUCUAUGGAUGAAAGCCAACGUCCCGUCUCCAAUAACAGUAUGGCGCCCGUGGGCCAGAUCAGCACAGAGAUGGCACUCAUCAGUAACGUCUUGGCUGCAUACUCUUUCAUAUCCGAAAAUCCAGAGAGAGCCGCUUUGUAUUUUGUAUCUGGAGUGUGCAUUGGCCUAAUUCUGACUCUGCUAGCCUUGGUAAUAAGGAUAUCUUGUCAAACUGAUUGCAAGAGGUCCACCGUGAAGAAGACACCUCGGAGACAAGACAGCGACAGCGACAGCAGCGACAGUGACGAUGACUCCGACACCACUUCAGAUUUGUCUGCGCGGAGGCACCGGCGCUUCGAGAGGACUUUAAACAUGAACGUUUUCACGUCAGCCGAGGAGCUGGAGAGGGCCCAGAGGCUUGAAGAGAGGGAGCGCAUUAUCCGAGAAAUAUGGAUGAAUGGACAACCGGACAUUCCGGGGACUAGAAGUCUUAAUCGAUAUUAUUGAUACAGGGACAGCUAGAGGCUAAGAACUUCAUACUGGAGGGCAGAGGCGCCUUCACUUGAUCAGUAAAGGUUUAUCUUUUGACUACAAACUUGUGUUCACAAGAAACUCUAUCUUGGAAUUGUUCCAGUAUUCUGAGCGGCAACAGGAACGUGGUUUUUGUUCCAUGUUGUGAUUUGUUGAAGAAAGGCUUCUAAGUGUUUAGGCCUUCCGUUGCAUGUGCCACUUUGAGGCUGGACCUUGAUGAUGUUCGUUAAAGGAGAUCUUGCGCGCCGCGGGAGAGACAUUAUACGGCACUAUGGAUUAUACUGACUUUGUGAACUAUCAGCCUGCAUGAUGCAGGAACAUCCGUGAUUCAGGGCAUUUCGAAAGAAGCUUCAAGCUGGAAGUUUUCUACAAACAUUGGAAUCACGUUGGUGCUUAGAGUUUAAAAAGACUUCAAAGAUACGUUUGUUUGGCAGCAUUUUAACCGACGCCUCAGGGAUGCAAUCUUAUUGUAAAUAUAGGGCCGACUUUUCUGUAGGCUCGUGAUACAAAGUUCCACUUUUUGAAAAUUGUGGGUGUGGCUUAGCAGUGGCCCCACCCAAUUGCAAGUCUAGUCAAUGGGGUACCCAUUUUUUCACAUAUCCUACCCAUGUCGACCAUGACUUAAGUAGCAUUUGUGGGAUAUAAAACAGACCUGCGUAAUAAAGAAUUUAUAGGAAAUGGAUCUUUAUAUUGGGUAAUAAAGCUA